AGUUCAUUGUACAACAACAUUGUGUUACUGGAGCGUGUGAUGUGGCAUGAAUGACGGCACAGUCAGUGAUGACAACAAUAAGGUGACUUCUGGACUUUGUCUCUUACAUCACAGCACAGGACUGUAUAAAAACACCCCUGAUUCCCUCUUAAUACACACACAGACACAAGGAGAGAGUAGAGAGAUCUAUAAAAUUGUACAAUUAUGAAGGGGUUUAUUGUUCUCGCUCUUAUUGCUCUUACUGGCUGCCAUGCUAAUGUGAUGUGGCAGGACCAGGCCAAGCUCGGAAUGGAAACUGUGAAAGAUGCUUUCUGGGAUUACGUAGCCAAGGCAACCCAAACCACCGAAGACAUGAUGCAGAAGAUCCGAGAGUCUGAAAUGGGACAAGAAAUUAAUACUAAGAUCUCUGAAAGCACAGACACCAUCAGCCAGUACGCAGUGUCCGUUCGUGGUCAGAUGACUCCUAUGACUCAGGAGCUGCUGGCCCAGAUCUCCCGCGAGACCGAGCAGCUGAAAGUGCGCCUGGACCAGGACCUGAGCACUGUAAAGACCUAUCUGGAGCCCCACAUCGAGGAGCUGACAUCAGAAAUCCAGAAGCAGAUGGAGCAGCUGAAGACGGAGUUGGCUCCCUACACUGACGCCCUGCAGUCUGAGGCUCUGAGAUCCACUCUGCUUCAGAAGAACGAGGAGCUCAAGAUGAAUCUGGAAAAAAGCAUGGCUGAGCUUCAGGCCCAGCUGGGACCCCAAGCUGAGGAGAUGAAGCAGAAACUGGAGCAGCACCUGCAGGACUUCCAGAACAACAUGGCUCCGUUCGUCCAGAACUUCCAAAGCCAGCUCGUCCAGGGGGGACAGGAAAUGCAGCAGAAGCUGGACCCCUACGCUCAAGAUCUGCAAGCCCAGCUCACAUCUCUGUGGGAGGCAUUUGAAAAGAAAAUGCAAUAAUCCAGAUGCUUGGUGACCCAGUGACUCUGAGUUUUGCAUUAAAAUACCUUCAGUGUGUCGUACGUUUACAAUUUCAGUUACAGUUGGACAGUCCAGGUGCUUUUAUGCACCUAGACAUACAAACGACAGAAAAAAAGCUAAGCACGAAGGUCUAAUUAUUAUUAUUGUUGUCUUAAUGCAUCUGUUGUGUUUUACUGUUCCAUAUAUACUGUAUAAACAAAUAAACUAUUAUAAUACCAAACCAAGACAGAUCUCUCAGCCUGUGUACAUUCU